AUGUUGAAGGUGUCACCGAUUAAGGGUGUUCAGCGAUUUGACAGACGUGGAAAGCUUGCCCUAAGAUACAUUAGUCCAUUUACGAUUGUUGAGCACGUUGGUGCUGAAUCAUAUAGGCUAGAUCUUCCAUCAUCAAUGUCGGGUGUUUUUCAUGUUUUGAUGCUUAAGAAGCAUUUACACGAUUGGGAGCAGCAGAGGGUGAUUGAUGCACCAGAGUUAGAGAUUCAGGCAGAUUUGACCACCAUCGAGAUUCCAGUUUGCAUCCUUGCAAGGGAGGACAAGAAGCUUAGAAAUAAGGUGAUUCCUUUAGUGAAGGUCAAGUGA